UCAGCUUUGGAUAGGUCACAGUCCAAGCGAGAUGGAGGUUUUAAAAAUAAUUGGAGCUUUGAUCAUGCAGAAGAAAGUGAAGGAGAUACAGAGAAAGAUGAGGCAAACCUGUUCAGCGUAGAAGACAGGGAUGGACCUUUCAGUGCCCAUGAAGAAAGAAAGUUACUUCGUUGUCGUCCUGGAGCUGUUGGCACCAGUGGUGAUUCCAUAAAAACACACGCAAGGCGAGGCAAAGCUGGAAGCUUGAGGCUUUUCAAAGGGAACUCAAUUGGCCUCAACAUGAUGGGAAAUAGCAAGAAACUGAGUGAAAAUGCUCAGAAUAUGUCUUGUCCUGUGACCGUGGUACAUGGUAGACGUUUUCACCAUGCGCACGCACAGACAGCAGUAGUAAAAACCGCAGCCCAAAGCAAUCUGGACCGAAAGGAAAGAAAAGAAUACCCCCCUCAGCUUCAGAAAGUAGAAGCAGACCAGACUAGGUUACCACGGUCUCAGGGAGUGGACAGUAUAAUGGAAAACACGGAAGAGUCAGAAUCAGAAUCGGAAAUUGAAAUUAAGAGAAAGGUGCAACAGAAACGUCACUGCAAUUCAUAUCAAUCUGACUUGACUCUAUCUUCUGCUACAAAAAAAUGCUUGUCUCAGUUAAAGCUUUUGGAACAAAUUGAUUAUUCUACUGAUUGCCCAAACUGUGGGAGGGCAAAUGAAAAUCAGACCAAAUGCCGACAUUGUGACAGUGCUUCUCUGAAGGAUUUGCAAAGAGUCUCCAGACAAACUGUGACAUUAAGUGAAUCGGUGGGACCUUUAUCACGUUCUUCAAUACAUCAGAAUUCAACAGGGCAAAAAUCCACAGGUACAGGGUUCAACACAAAGAAGUUUUAUAGUUCUGCUGUUGGGAAAAGUCCGACGGAUAUUCUGCUGAGUAAUGAAGUUGUAGGACAUUCUGUGUUACGACAGAAUGGAAAAGUUGGUCUUAUAACUGGGACAAAAAAUCCUAAAAUUACAGGAAGCUUAAGACAGAGGAGUGCAAGACCAUCUGAACUAAAUGAUCCAAUUGUUUUGUCUAGUGAUGAUGAUGAGGAGGAGGAUAGUGGCAGCACUAGGAGAAUGGAAAGCAUUUCACCUCGUCCUGCAGAUUCAGCCCGCUCCUCCCCAGCUCCUUCUACAGGAAAGGUGGAAGCAGCAUUAAAGGAAAACAGUUGUGGAAUAGAACAGAGAAUAGGUAGUAUAACAACAGAUACAGAAAUUGCAGUCACACUACCAAGAAAAGCAAGAAUGAAAGAUCAGUUUGGGAACGUUGUGGCUAGCACUCCGGUAAAACGUCGUAAAGUUAUUUCUCAAGAGAUUGUAACUGAGGCUGUACCUCUAAAUUAUCAAAAUUCCUGUGAAAGUGUCAUUCUGAACUGUCGAAGUAUACGAAUAGGAACGCUACGAAGAAUGGUAGUGGAACCUGUGAUUUUUUGCCUGGAUUAUAUCAAAAUACGCCUAGAAAGUCAAGAAGAAUCAGAAAGCGAUAUCCAAGAGAUUAACCUGAAAACUUCAGAACUUACCAAAUGUGAAUGGUGUAGCGUCCGAAAAUUACCAGUAGUUUUCCUACAAACAGUACCAUCGACCUGUAGCAGCCUGAGAGAGCAGCUGAAAAUGAGUAAAGAUAACGUCUGGUACGAAUGUAGAGGAGACAGUCAAGAAGAACAGUACAUCAUUCUGAUUUUUGAAACUGGCCUUGAUCCUCAUGCAAACUCAAUAUUUGAAAAAAUAAUUACUGACAUUGGUAUUAGAAAUAAUAUUUCUGACUUCUUUGUGAAAAUUUCAUUUGAAGAAGCCAAUGGCAGGCUUGUUGCGUUUACUAAGUGCUUGGAAGACAAUUCCAAAGGAAGCCCAUCUCACAGAGAAAAAAUUAAAAAUGUUGCUUCUGAGACCAAAAUGCAGCCGCGAAAUAAACAGUUACCAUAUUUUGAUGAUGAUGAAGAAAUCGGAGAACCACAUACAGUAUUUAUAGGUCCUAUAGAAAAAUUGAUAGUUUACCCACCUCCUCCAGCUAAAGGUGGUAUUUCUGUGACCAAUGAAGACCUCCAUUGUCUAAAUGAAGGAGAAUUUUUAAACGAUGUUAUUAUUGAUUUUUAUUUAAAGUAUUUGGUACUUGAAAAACUGAAAAAAGAAGAUGCUGAUAGAAUACAUGUGUUCAGUUCAUUCUUCUAUAAACGCCUUAAUCAAAGAGAAAGAAGAAAUAUUUAUGAAACUUCAAACCUUUCAAUACAACAAAAAAGACAUGGACGAGUGAAAACGUGGACAAGGCAUGUUGACAUUUUUGAAAAAGAUUUCAUUUUUGUUCCCCUUAAUGAAGCUGCCCACUGGUUUUUGGCUGUCAUCUGUUUUCCUGGUUUAGAAAAACCAAACAUGAACCAAAUCCCCACUAUCAUGAAAACGCCGCAACACAGAUAAAAUCCUCCUCUUCAGAUGGAGAGAGUAACACACCAUCUCCUUUGCCAAAUGAACUAGAUGCACAGAACUCGCCUUCCAAGUCCACAGCAAAGAAGAUGUUGACCAAAAAGUAUAAUACAGCUUUAAAUGACUCAAACACUGAAACAGAGGACAGUGAGUCUUUAUGUUGUAGAAGAAGUCCUUGCAGGGGAAAAAGUGCUUUCAAAAAACUACAUCAAAUAGACACUGAUGUGGAAGAGCCUAACACUGUGGAAUCGGCGUGCCAUAAACUAGACCAUAGGACUCUGGACGAAAACGGCAUACAGGGUGAAUUCACAACUGCUAGCCAGUCUAUGGGUAUGUAAUUGUAAAAAUAUGCCAAUUUUAAUUAACAAUUUGGAGGAUUCACAUCUGUUACUACUUGUGCAACUGUGCAAACUUCAUACUUUGAAAGUUUAGUAUGAGUCUGAAGUUCGAGUGCUUGCAAU